UCUAAAAAGUCACUUCGGACAUCAGUUCUGACUUCUGAGUCAGCACUCCAUCAUCAUCAUCUUCCUUAAGCAGUGUUCUCUUGAAAAGAAGGAAGAAUCUGUGUGUUCGACUCUUCAAUGGCGCUCUCCAACACUAUCUUCUCUGUUUCUCAUUUAGCUUCCUUUACUCCUUCUUCCGCCACCAGCUGCCAGACUCGCUUUCCCGCUCUAACUUCACCUCCAGAUCUAACGCCUGCUUUCUUCGCUGAUCUCCGUGUAAUUCCUCUAUCCACGAGGAGGAGUAUAAGGAACCGAGUAUAUGCUUCGAUUAACAACAUUGACGUUGCUACUCCAUCUCAUCAGAAAAUGGAAGAUGACGAUGAUGAUGACUUCGUUCCAAUGCCAAUGGUUUUGAUAGACCAGGAUGCGGACCCUGAAGCCACCAUUGUUCAGCUCAGUUUUGGAGAUCGUCUUGGAGCUCUCAUUGACACUAUGAGAGCGCUGAAAGAUUUGGGAUUGGAUGUGAUAAAAGGAACCGUCUCAACUGAAGGAUCUGUUAAGCAGACCAAAUUUUCAAUAACAAAACUAGACACUGGUCGGAAAGUGGAAGAUCCUGACUCUUUGGAGCAAAUCCGAUUAACAAUCAUCAACAAUCUUUUGAAAUACCAUCCGGAAUGCAGUGAUCAACUUGCAAUGGGUGAGACAUUUGGAAUAAAGGCCCCUGAAAAGAAGAUUGACGUCGAUAUCGCGACUCACAUACAUGUGAAAGAAGACGGACCAAAGAGAAGCCUGCUUUGCAUAGAGACAGCAGACCGGCCAGGUCUUGUUGUGGAGAUGAUAAAAGUGAUGGCAGAUAUCAACAUAGACGUUGAAUCCGCAGAGAUAGACACAGAAGGACUGGUUGCGAAAGACAAGUUUCACGUAAGCUACCAAGGGCAAGCGCUAAACAGUUCGUUGGCACAGGUGUUGGUGAACUGUCUGCGUUACUUCCUGAGAAGGCCUGAAACUGACAUCGACAGCUAUUAAUUAGCUUUUUUUGUUUGUUCCAAAACAAAAACUGCUCUUUCUCCUUUUCGAAAUCGCAUCUGUUGCGACCUAUCAAGUCUUUCUCUUUUGAACAUUAUGUGGAAACUGGUAAUACCAUCACGCGCUAUUUUUCUGUCUGGAGCUGAACCACAUUGGGGGCUAAAGAAUAAAACAUGGUUUGGUUCUUAUCUCA